AUGCAAAUUGAAUCAUUCUCUACUUCACUUGAAUUAUAUAAUAAAUUAAAAUUGAUUGGUGAAAAAAUAAAUAAAACUGAGAGUUUUUAUUGUGAGCUGCCAGACAUGAUAACUGCUAAUCCAAAUCGCAAUGAAUCAACCACUUACAUAGCAAAUGAAGACGAUGGUCUAGAGGGUACUUCCUAUAGUAUCAGUCAUGACCAUAUCAACAACAACAACAACGACAAUGAAGAAGAUGAUGACGAUAUAUCAACUCCAAUUUUAUUGUCUACCCAUAAUUCUCCACACUUUCAAUCUGAUGAUGAUGAAUCCGAUGAAGAUGCAGCUAAACAUUAUAGAGCCGAUAGUCUAUUAACACAUGGAAAGCAGCGGCAACAGGAUCAUCAACAACAAGAUCAACCUCCACUUCAACAACAAGCAUAUAAUUCAACACCACCAACAACAUCAUCAUCAUUUACCAAGAUUUCAGCAUCACCAGUUUUAAUUGCCAACCGUGAUUUUCUGGUUAGUCAUGAGAUGGUUUUGGAUAGCGAGAUAACCCAUAGAACCAAUGGCGAGUCGUCACCUCCUUUAUCACCACCAAUGCACUCCCACCGACUUUCUACACCGGCCACACCGAUACGAUCGCUCUCUGGCAUAUCAUCGACCUCCGACGAUGCCAACAAUGAUGAACUUUUAGGAAUCCACUCAAUGACAGGCUACAAAUUCGCAUUGGGAAGAGAAAUUCUCUUUUGGAUACUAACAAUACUCACAGGAGGAUUGUUACUACUCUUUUUCCAUUGGUUCACACUGUACGAACUCAAUUUCCGUCGUAGAAAAACAUCUCUUGAAAAUGCAAACUAUAUCUUGGUUUAUGGAAUAGAUAUGAGAUUUGAAAUUUGUCAGGUUAAAGAAUUUAAAAGCGAAUUAAAAUUAGAUAAAGUAAUUACUUUUAGACAUUCAAGAUUCUUUUAUAAUCAUGAAUCAGAUAGUUUCAUUAGACCAAGAAUUAAAUCAAAAUACAACUCCUCCAAUCUUUAUCAAUUCAUUGAACAUGGUUUAACCAACGAUAAAUAUCAAUCGUUACUACAUAAAUUUGGUUAUAAUGUUAUUGAAUUUCCAAUUAAAUCAAUUCCAAGAUUAUUACUUGAAGAGGUAUUACAUCCAUUCUUUAUAUUCCAAAUAUAUAGUGUUAUAUUAUGGUCAUUUGAAGAAUAUUAUUAUUAUGCAGGUGCAAUCUUGUUGAUUGCCACGGUUAGUUCCAUUCUAAGUUUGAAAGAGAUUCGUUCAAAUUUAAUAUCACUCAAGGAGAUGUCAACUUAUGUUUGUGAAAUCAAGGUGUUACGUGAAGGUCAAUUCACAACUGUACAGUCAUCCGACUUGGUUCCAGGAGAUAUUAUAGAUAUUCCUACAAACUUGACACUGCCUUGUGAUAUGUCGCUUCUUACUGGUCAGGUGAUUUGUAAUGAAUCAAUGUUGACCGGUGAGUCAGUCCCCGUGACGAAACAUCCAAUACUGACACGUGACCAACUGACUGCAAGUCAACGUCCAAACUAUCCAGUCGAUAUCACUGAAGCUAGAUCCUCAUUGUUUGGUGGUACGAUGGUGGUAAAGAUCAUGCCACACCACAACGGAAGAACCUUGGCAAUGGUUAGAGAAACUGGUUUUCAAACAUCCAAGGGAAAGUUGAUCCUAUCGAUUCUCUUCCCAAAGAAAUCACAUUUCCGUUUCAUUCAAGAGUCUUUCAAGUUUAUUGGUGUUCUAUGUUGCAUUGCAAUGAUUGGAUUCGCCAUCUCAGUUUGGAGAUUGAAAGAUCUUGGUGUAGAUACGAAAACCAUUGUGCUGCGUGCACUCGAUCUCAUUACCAUUGUCAUUCCACCGGCAUUACCCAUUGCAAUGACUGUCGGUACAGGAUUUGCAUUGAUUCGUCUCAAAAAAGUAAAGAUCUUUUGUAUUUCACCACCGAGAUUGAACAUGGCUGGCAAACUUCAGGUGUUUUGUUUCGAUAAAACAGGCACACUGACAGAAGAGGGUUUAGAUUUCUAUGGUGUCGUAGCAACCAAUCAACAUGACAGCCAUUGCGAUUUCAAUCAACUGUACACUUCACUCGACGACAUGGAUAAUCGAUUGGUAAUGCUAAGCAUGGCGAGCUGUCAUUCAUUAUCACAUAUCAACAAUGAGAUUGCAGGUGAUCCUUUGGAGAUAAAGAUAUUCCAAGCAACCAACUCUAAACUUGAAGAACACGACGAUCAUCAUACACAUAUCGUUUGGGGAAAUGACCGAUUGAUCUAUCAAGAACGUUUCGAUUUCCAAUCGAGUCUUCAAAGAAUGUCUGUCAUUGUAUCGGAUACCUCUGACAAUAGACAAUAUUCAUUUGUAAAAGGUUCACCAGAGAUGAUAAAGAAACUAUCACUCUCACAUACCAUUCCAAGCGAUUAUGAUCAACAAUUGUUUAUUUAUACCGAGCGUGGCUAUCGUGUAUUGGCAUGUGCCUAUCGAACAUGGGAUUCGCAACAAAAUGUAGCCAAUCGUGAGCUAAUGCGUCAGACCGCCGAAGAAAACUUGGUUUUCUUGGGAUUCAUUAUUAUGGAAAACAAGAUGAAACCGGAAUCGAAACCAAUCAUCGAAGUUUUACAUCGUGCCAAUAUCAAGACUAUCAUGGUUACCGGUGAUAAUCCACUGACAGCCAUCUCUGUUUCCAAACAAUGUGGAAUCAUCAAGGAGAAUACAUUGUUAUUCAUUCCAGAGUUGGAUAAUAACAAAGAUAGUUUAGAUUCUUUUACUUGGCGUAAUCUUUCCGAUCCAUCUACAGACCAAGCGUUGUCCUACUAUCAAUUGGAUCCUUACACAUUGACACUUGACAAUUCCGAUGAACCAAACUCUAGUAUACCUUAUUCCCUUGUAGUUACUGGUCCAUUCUUUAAGCGUAUUCAUCAUCACUAUCUUCAGACAGGUUCAAACAAGUUUAUGACAAUGUUAAAACGUGGAUUAGUUUAUGCACGUAUGUCGCCCGAUGACAAACAAACAUUGAUAGAAGAGCUUCAGAGAAUAGGACUGUAUGUUGGUAUGUGUGGAGAUGGUGCCAACGAUUGUGGAGCACUCAAAUCUGCACACGUUGGAAUUUCACUAUCAGAGACAGAAGCCUCGAUUGCCGCACCAUUCACCUCCACAACCACCAAUAUCACAUGUUGUCCAACAUUGAUCAAAGAAGGACGUGCCUCUCUUGCCGUAUCAUUCAAACUCUUCCAAUUCAUGGGAAUGUAUUCACUGAUUCAAUUCAUCAGUGUCAUCUUCCUCUAUUUCAUUGCAUCGGUACUUGGUAAUUGGAUGUAUCUCUAUCAGGAUCUUUGGAUUAUCUUCCCACUGGUUAUCUUUAUGGGUAUGACAUGUCCAUCGGAUAAGCUAUCAAUUAAACGUCCUUCAGGUCGUCUCAUCAGUGGUGCAGUAGUGGGAUCACUGCUUGUCCACAUCCUAGUUUGUCUUUUAUUCCAAACGAUAGUAUUUUUCACCGUAAGAAAACAACCUUGGUACAACGAAGAGGUCAUCGACGAAGACAACAUUGUCACCUACGUAACGACCUCGAUGUUUAUUUACGCCAACUUCCAAUACCUCAUAAUGGCACUGUCAUUCUCAUUCGGUAAACCAUUCCUAAAGCCGCUCUAUACCAACAAACUAUUGUUCUUGGCAUACAGUAUAUCACUGACCACCUCACUACUCCUCGUAUUCGCUCCGACUUCCAAGAUAUGGGAGAUCGGACAACUCCGAUUGGUUCCACUAAGAUGGCGUUUCACCCUGAUCGGAAUUGUCGUAGCAAAUCUCGCUGCCAACCUCCUAGUUGAAUUCAGUUUCGUCUACUACAAACUACGUUCGAAAAAGAAAAAACAAUUCCACUACGAUCAGAUCUUCUCUAAAGACGCCCCAAAAGAUGAAAGAAUUUCAAAAGAAGAAAAUAUUGUAUUGUUACCAAUUAGUAAUUUAAAACAAAAUCAUCGUAAUAAUUAA